AUGGCAGAAGCAGCUUGUGAUUUGCGAUUUUUGGUGUUGGCAAUUUUUCUGGUUUCUUUUCUCUUUCAGUCAUCACUUUCUGAAAUCAUAUUUGAGGAGCGAUUUGAAGAUGGGUGGCAAUCACGCUGGGUUAAAUCUGACUGGAAAAAGGUUGAAGGAAAAGCAGGCUCUUUUAAGCACACAACAGGAAAGUGGCAUGGGGACCCAGAUGACAAAGGUAUUCAGACAACCAGUGAUGCCAAACAUUUUGCCAUCUCUGCCAAGAUACCAGAGUUCACCAACAAAAACAGAACAUUGGUCCUCCAAUAUUCCAUACGUUUCGAGCAGGAGAUAGAAUGCGGCGGCGGCUACAUAAAGCUUCUCUCCGGAUUUGUCAACCAAAAGAAGUUCGGAGGGGACACCCCUUACAGCUUGAUGUUCGGACCAGAUCUGUGCGGCACGGACACGAAGAGGCUUCACGUUAUACUCUCCUACCAGGGCCAGAACUACCCCAUCAAGAAGGAUUUGCAGUGUGAAACUGACAAGUUAACUCAUUUCUACACGUUCAUUCUUAGGCCUGACGCAACUUAUAGUGUCCUUGUUGACAAUAGAGAACGAGACUCCGGAAGCAUGUACACUGAUUGGGACAUUCUUCCUCCAAGAAAGAUUAAAGACCUUAAAGCAAAAAGGCCUGCAGACUGGGAUGAUAGAGAGUAUAUUGAAGAUCCUAAUGACGUUAAACCUGAGGGAUACGAUUCAAUUCCAAGAGAAAUUCCCGAUCCAACUGCUAAAGAGCCUGAAGAUUGGGAUGACGAAGAGAAUGGCAUAUGGAGACCGCCGAAGAUACCAAAUCCAGCAUACAAAGGACCAUGGAAGCGCAAGAGAAUCAAGAACCCCAACUACAAAGGCAAAUGGAAGACUCCGUGGAUUGAUAACCCAGAGUUUGAAGAUGACCCUGAUUUAUACGCGCUUAAACCGAUAAAAUAUGUGGGCAUAGAAGUUUGGCAGGUAAAGGCUGGUUCAGUUUUCGACAACAUUUUAAUCUGUGAUGAUCCGGAGUAUGCAAAACAAGUCGUUGAGGAAGUAUUUGCCAAUAGGGAGGCUGAAAAAGAGGCCUUGGAGGAAGCGGAAAAGGCCAGAAAAGCACAAGAAGAAGAGGAAGCUCGGAUAGCAAGAGAAGAAGGCGAAAAAAGGAGACGAGAGAGGGGUCGUGACCGAGGGUACCGAGACAGAUAUAGAGACAAAUAUAGAGGGCGACACAGGCGUGACUGGGAUGAUCAUGAUGAGCUUUGAGGGAGUUCGCAGAUUCAGUUUUCUACGUCGUUUAUUUGACAAGAAAUUCCUCUAGUUAUAAUCAUCAGUUUUACUGUUGUCGUAAAACCCGUGGCAAUGUUUCUUUCCAUCUUCGCCAGUAUCACUUUUGUUUACAAACGUCUGUUAUGAACGUGUUCUUUUCCAUGUACUGCUCGAUUAUAUGAAAUAAACUCAUUAAUUCUCCUC